CUCGAGGCUCGGGGGAGCUCCUCAUGGACUCCUCGGCUUCAGGGGGUGGGGCAACCGGCGGCGCCCUAGAUCACCACCCACCAAAUCACCCCAACCCAACUCGAAGGUAGUCACUAGAGCCGCCACCCGCGGGCAUGGACGAGAUGGAAGCGCUGGAGCUGACGGAGACCCGCGUGCGAAGCCGCCUCGGGACGGCGGGCACGGUGAGGCCCGCGCCGCCGAGCCCGCAGCUCGACGCUGGCGCGGGGGAGCCCGCCGAGCCCGUCGUCACGGUCCCGGAGGGCGUGGGCUUCAGGGGCCUCCUGGAGCUUCUGUCCGACCUGCACGACCGGAAGGUGAAGGAGCUCGAGGCCGAGGUGGCGAGCGCCCGCGAGCUUCUGGUGCGGCCGCCGCGGUGGGACCCCCCCGCGGAUCUGGAGCCCGGGGAGCUGGAGCUCCUUGCGGAGCUCGUCCCCCCCGUGGGGCCGGAGCGGGAGGCCAGUUGCGCGAACCUGCCCGGAGCCGUCGACUUCGUGAACCCACCGCCACUCUCGCCGCGUUCGCAUGAUCCCGCGGGCCCUGACCGGUUUCCGCGGGAGUUCAUGAAGGUCGUCCCCUCGGAACAGGACCAGAGCGCUCCCGUGGCAGAAGGCAGUUCGAUGCGGCGAACUUCCCAGGUGCUUCUCAACCGAACCACCAGCAUCAGAGCCCGAUCAAAGGGAACGGAGUCGGAUUCAGCACACUUGGGCCGAUGGGCGGACGAGCUAGCGGGAACGAGCUCGGUAAUGUCGUUCAUGGAUUACUUGGUCGACAACGACGGCAGGCUCGGCGAAAGUCGAAGAGGAAGGAUUGCUUACAGACUCGUAAAGAAUGUCUACUUCGACGCACUGUCGUACGCUUUUAUUAUCGCCAAUUCUAUAUUCAUCGGUGCCACAAUGCAGCACCAUCUGACUUGCGCCAUCGAGGGCUGCACGAUUGACGGUAUCUUUGCUGCCGUGGAGAUUGCUUUCGUGGUCUGGUUUUUCGUGGAGUUGCUCUUGAAGCUUCUGGCGGAGGAUGUCAGGGUGUUCUUGGGUCCGGACCGGAUGUGGAAUACGUUGGACCUUGUCUUGGUGGCCUCAGCGAUUGGGCAGUUGAUAGCGGAGUCAGAUGCGCCGAGCAUCAUCCUCACCAGGAACGUUCGCCUCUUCAGGGUCGUAAGUAUCUUACGCGUUUUCCGGGUUGUGCGCAUAUGCCAGAGUCUGCGGGUCAUGAUCAAUGCUAUCUUGCGCUCUUUGGAUGCGUUGUUUUGGGUUUUUGCCGUCCUCGCGUUUUUCAUGUACAUCUUCGCGAUGGCGUUCAUGCACGCCGCAACCGAACAGUUCCGAAGCAAAAAGACUACGCUAUUCUUGGAAUGCCCUACAUGUUCCAGCGAGCUGGAAUGCGCCGCCACAUGCGCGCACCUCAAGUGGCUCGAGGACCACUUUGGGUCCCUCUUCAAGGUGAUGCUGACGCUCUUCCAGAGCCUGACUGGUGGUCUGGAUUGGGCCGAAGUGUACGACCAAUUGCACCUGAUACACGGUGUUCAUAGCUUCACGUUCGUAGUGUUCAUUUACUUCAUCGUGUUCUUGGUGAUGAAUGUGGUGACCGGCACAGUGGUUGACGUCACAUCGAGCGUUGCCAAGCGCGACCAUGAUCUCGUGGUCAAGGAGGAGCUGAAACGGCUGAAGCAGUACACGCACAACAUUAAGGAGUUCUUCAAGCAGGCCGACACGGACAGGUCAGGCCAGCUCUCGUUCGACGAGUUCACCAAGCAUUUGCAAGACCCCAUGGUCAAGGCGUAUUUCAACACGCUUGAUUUGGAUACCAGGCAAGCGGACGUGCUGUUCCACCUGCUCGACCGCGACGAGAGCGGCGAGGUGGGAAUCACAGAGUUCCUGGACGGCUGCCUCCGCCUCAAGGGCGAGGCCCGGAACCUCGACAUGAACCUGGUGAUCUACCAGUUGGAGCACAUCGUAAAGGGGAGCAAGCAGCUGCUGAAGCACAUGAGACCCCCCGUCGCGGAGCCGCCCGUGGCGUCCCGGACCCUGGCCUGAGGAGGUGCGGCUUUAAUCCUCCUCCUCCUCCUUCUCCUCCUCCUCCUCCUCCCCUGCCUCCUCAGCCGGCCCUCCAGCGUCAGGGCCGUGGCGUAAAUGAUUGGUAGGCGAUGAGGCCCUGCUGGGGACGGGGGCAGGAGGUAGGGACCGAGGUUGACUGCGCCUCCGCUUGCUUAUCCAGUUCCCUCUGCUGUUGCUCGUCCCCCGUGUCGACCGCGGCACGUCCCCAUCGGGCCGCCGUGCAGAUUGAACAGUCUUCUUGUGGCCGACAAGCGUUCGCUUGCCAGUGCCUCGGGGUCAUGCCCAACCUUAUUCAUGCCUUGUGUGCUCUUUAAGGUUGUUCCUCAGUCAGUGUUGUCGGCGAGCCCGCUGAUGUGAGUCGUACAGUUGAUCCCUGGGGCCUCUGUCUCUCAGACCCGCGAGGCGCUCUGCAAUGUCCCCACAGCGCUGGCGGCGGCAUCCGUCAUAGCAGGAGUGCAUCCGUAAUGGUUGUCUCCAGUGGGUCGCACCAGAUAGCUGUUUAGCUUCCAUGUGUUCCCCCAGACGCUGCGUGCUGGACAGAUGGCUUUUGGCGGCCACCUAAUAUAUUGUAGAUCAUGUUUUUAAUGUAGAGUUUUUCACUCUUCGCUCUCUCUGCGCUUCCUUCCAUCCUCUCGUGCUGCCGCCCCUCUUCCCUGUUCCUUGUCCGUUUGCCGUAACCUUCUCCUGGUGGUUGCGCCCGUGGUGCCGUCAGAGGCGACGCGCGCGCCCCAGCUCCUGCGGAGGUGGCUUUGAUAGCGGUUCCACGCGUCGGUCCUCUCAGGAACGGUCAUGCCGAAGCCUCGUGAGGCCACCUUGAGCGCACCUGGGGGGGGCAUUUGGGCCUCGAGGGGCAACCUUGGGGCCGCAUCAGUUUCACAGGCGCUUGCAGGGAGACAGACCAGAAGCUAGGACUGUGGGCUUGAGUUGAGCACGGCUCGCACAAGUUUUUCCUCGCAGUGUGAAGCAGGCAGCUCUCCUUCAUCUCAGACUUGUGGCAGCGGUAACUGUUUCUGAGGCGUCAAGACGGCGCUUUUCUCUAGAUGUGCGCAGAGGCUCGUUGUCGACGGGAGUUGGCACAGGUAUCUUUCGAGGCUCCUCUUCUUUUUGACAUAUCUAUUUGUUUCGUGCCCAUUUUAACCUGAUCGGGCGCCAAGCGUACCUUGAGAAAUCUCGAGAUCACAUACUGGGGUCGCGA